AUGGGAGGCCCAGCUACGUCAUUGCCAGAGUGGCUCAAGGACAUGGGCAAGGGUGAUCCGAAAAGCAUCCGGCCGGUCCCGCCAGGCAUCGACCCGUCACGGUUCAAGAUCAUCCGCAUGGAGGGUGUCCAGAUCCGCGCGCUGAUUGGCAAGGGUGGUGAAACGAUCAAGGAGAUCAGAUUACGAAGCGGUGCUGAUAUCAAGAUCGACCACUUGCCCUCGGAUCCAGAGGGCAAUGUGACCAUUGUUGGCGAUGUUGAGAAGACAGAAGGCAUGAUCAAGGACACCCUUGCUUCGAAGGGCUGUCCGCUGGGCGUGCCACAUGCCAAGCUCGCAGCGCCUCCUGCACCACCUGGCCUGGACUAUGGGACGAAUCCGCCUGGCCUUGGCAUGGGCGGGCCGAUGAUGGGUGGCCCGAUGCAGACGCCUGGGUAUGAGUGUGCCGAGAACGAGGUCGUUGUGCCUGCCGACUUAGUCGCUGGGCUUAUUGGUCCUUCUGGUUCCGGCGUCAAGGAGAUCAGAGAGAGGUCAGGAGGGCAAGUGUUCAUCUCCAUCCUACCUCCGUCGCACGCUGGAGCAGAUCAACUGGUCAGGGUCGUUGGCGAUAACCACUUGCUGGCCAAGCAGCUUAUCCUCGAGAAGAUCGAGGAGCUGAAGCUUCAAUAUAGAGGACCAGGCGGCUGCUCGCCAAUGCCAGGCUACGCCGGCAUGGGCAUGCAGUCGUCGAUGCUUGGGAGCUCCUACCCUUCACGGCCUAAGGCCCCUGGGGUUGGUAUCCUGGGCGCUGCACAUGCCCCGCCUAUGCCCAUGUCGCCCUUUCUCCAAAACCAAGCUCAGCGUAUCCCGCCACCGGCGUUGCCACCUCCUCCGGGUCCAAUGAGAGGGAUGGGGCCGCCUCCUGCCUUACCACCUCCAAUUGGGCCGUGCGGAGGAUGCGGAGGUUGCACUGGACCCUGUGCACCCCCUGCGCCGCGUCCUCCACCUGGUGGGGGCUUCCCGCGGUUGGGAGGUCCACCGGCACAUGGUGGUUUUCCAGGAGGUCCUCCUGGCGAGAUGAUGAGACCUGGGCCCGGCCCUGUGCUUGGCGGCUGUGGUCUUCCGCCCAUGAGUAGCCAUGCAGCACCUGGACAAGGUCUGGGCGGCAGCGAUCUAGGGCCUUCGGCGCACCCGCCGAGCUUCGCGCCUCCCUCUGCUUCGCCACAGCCUACUCUCCCACCGGCGCCAGCGCCACCUGCCAAAGCCAGCACGGACUCUACGAGAGACUUCAAUGCCAUGCUACGGGAGGCAGCCAAAGCCGCGGAAGCCACUAUAGGGAUGUCGCAGCCCCCCAAGCCAAGCACUCCCCAAGCGGGCGUGCCGCUGCUCUGA